CCCGGACAAACACGCACGCACCUUCUGCUUGUAAACAGAAGCUCACACGUGACAUCGAGAGCCGAUGCGCGUCGCGCGACGGCAUUGUCUGAGAGCGGACAAAGAGCUGCACAUUCAGACAGCGCGAGCAUCGGGCAGGUGAGCGGCCAGGUGUCAUGGCAACGGGCAUUAGCUGCCGCAAUAUGAAGCCGACUUCUCUCCUUCGAUUAGACCGCGGUGUCCGAGUGCGUUUGGCUGCUUGAACUUCUUCAUGUCGGAAUCCCAAAUCCGACCAUUUGGAGGAGGGACAACGACGUUGGCUGCGCUUUCGGCCGCUCACACGCAACAGACAGCGGGUUAACAAAGCAAGAAAGCCUUUGUGUCAUCUCUUAAUCUAGCUCGUCGGUUUGUUCGCUGUAGCUCCGCCAAAUCUUACUUUAUGUUUUUUUUAAACGUGGGGUCUGCUGUCGGUGGCUACGAGUAGCAUUUAGCCUCGACAUCAGGGAAGAUUUUUUUUUUCCUCUGGCUAACGCAUAUCUAAGUGUCUUUUUUACUGGCUGGAUGAGAUGUCAUUCAUCAUGGAGGAUAACUUGGAGUCCGGAUGGGUGUCCGUCCGGCCCAAAGUCUUCGACGAAAAAGAGCGACAUAAAUUUGUUUUCAUUGUGGCCUGGAACGACGUCGAGGGAAAGUUCGCCAUAACCUGCCACAACAGAACCGUGCAGAGACGGAGCACUUUACUGGACGUCGACUGUGGCCCAAUCACUGGGCUUCCUCCCACUGGUGCCUGCGUGGCUGAAAAACACACAAAAAGUCCCGUCACGGCGAAGAAAGAUGGAGUCUGCCAAGUGGGUAAAGUUAGACCGCACUCUGUCCCCAAAGGGAAACCCGCAACAAAUGCUAACGCAGACAGGAAGACUUUAAAAGCCGGUAGUUCAAAGUCAUAUGAGUGUGUAAGUCACACUUUAGGGUCAUGGGACGUUGUGACACCCAAGAUAACGGAUAUGGAGAUCCUGGAGCCAGUGGAUGUCAUGCUGUCUCCGGAUGAUGCUGACCCAGGUGACAUCGAGGCCAGUAACCGCGAAGACUUCAGCUGGGCUGGACUGUUCUCCUUCCAUGAAUUGAGAGCAGCCCACCUCCAACUAUGCGCCGUCAACUCGGACCUAGAGCCUUGUUUGCCCUCUUUCCCGGAGGAGCAGUCCGGCGUGUGGACUGUCCUUUUCGGUCUGCCCGGGAUGUCACAGCGGGAGACGGACGCCCUGUGCUAUCAGUUGCAGGUGUACCUGGGUCAUGCCUUGGACACCUGCGGCUGGAAGAUCCUCUCACAGGUGCUUUUCUCAGAGAGCGACGACACUGAGGAGUACUACGAGAGUCUGAGUGAGCUGAGGCAGAAAGGCUAUGAAGAUGCUCUGGAGAGGGCCAAAAGACGCAUGCAAGAGGUGCUGGAUAAACACAAAGCGAUGGACAGCAUGGUGGAGCUGCUGCAGGUGUACCCGGAGGAGGACGAAGCGUAUGGAGAGCUGCUGGAAGCCACAACUCAGCUCUAUCACUACCUGCUUCAGCCCUUCAGGGACAUGAGGGAACUGGCAAUGUUGCGCCGACAGCAGAUUAAGAUUUCUCUGGAGACUGAGCGACUCGGCCCUCGUCGUGUGGAGAGCCUGAGAAAAGAGGACGAGGAGUGGCAGAAGAAGGCUCACGCCGCAGUGCUUUCCAUUCAAGACCUGACUGUCAAGUUCUUUGAAACCACAACUCGAUCUCAGAAAGCUCUAUACGAGAGGAUGCGAGCUGACCAGAGAAAGUUUGGAAAGUCAGCGUGGACAGCGGCGGUUGAACGCAUGGAGCGGCUGCAGUUUGCCGUUUCCAAAGAAACUCUGCAGCUCAUGAGGGCCAAAGAGAUCUGCCUGGAACAGAGGAAACAUGGUUUGAAGGAGGAGAUGCAGAGUCUACAGGGUGGGGAGGAUGCCAUGCUUCGCCUGGACCAGCUGGAGGCGCUGUACUAUGAGUUACAGCUGCAGCUGUAUGACAUUCAGGCCGAGGUGCUGCGCUGCGAGGAGCUGCUGCUGACUGCCCAGCUGCAGAGUCUGCGCAGGCAGAUGACAGAGCGACAGGAUGAGGUGGUGUACUACGAUACCUUUGAGAGUCCUGAUGCCAUGAAGGGUGUAGAAGACCCCACGACCCCACCGUCACCCCUCAGAGAAGAAGAACUCUGCGCCCUGCAGCAGAGGACCCGGCAGCUCGAGGCCCGCAGGGGCCGCAUUACUGCCAAGAAAGUCUACCUCAAAAAUAAGAAGGAAAUCUGUAUCAUCAAUCACAACCAGAAGAUACAACAGCGCCAAGGUAGCCAUGCUGACAGCAAAUCCCUGCAGGAGCUGCAGCAGGGAGAUGAAGAUGAUGAAGCUAAGCAAAACGCCAGAGUGAGUCAGGAGAGGCAGAGGACACUUGACAGGCUUCGCAGCCUCAAGCAGAGGUAUCCAGGCCAGGUGACUCUAAAGUCAAGCCGCCUGCGCCUGAGUCAGACUCACAGUCGGAGGCGUGCUGGGCUGCAGCCCAGCACCCAGGCUGCCGGCGUUCAGACCGACUGCAUCUCAGAUCUCCCAGAACUCUCUGCUCCUCUCCCGCUGGACGCGUACGGCUGUGACAGCGUCUCUUUACCUGCGGUCGACCUCCAAGGCCUCGAUCCCUCGCCUCCCUUCCUAUCGCUGCCCCCACUCUCAGCCACGCCGUCAAACUUUUCACUGGGUCCCCCUCCCCCACCUCCACCGCCUCCUCCUCCGCCUCCUCCACCACUUCCCACCUCAGAGGACGACCAGCAGAAGAACCUCACAGCCGUCACGCUUCAACACCAGAAAGGCGAGUCUGACUCCACCUCGCUCCCGCUGGCUCCAUUUUCCCCUCGAUUCUUUGACAGCAGCCAGCUGUUAACGGCGAGGAAAAAGCUGCGGAAGACGGCUUCUCUGGACUCGUCGCAGUGGAGGAGAGCGAGCUCUCCCAUGGAUGAGGUGCUGGCCUCACUCAAGCGGGGCAGUUUCCACCUGAGGAAGGCUGAGCUGCGGGUCUUGGGCCCGGAUCCGGAUGACGACAGCAACAAUAUCCUGGCUCAGAUCCGACAGGGCGUCCGGCUUAGGAAGGUACGGACCAGACCGGAGCAGCAGCGUCAUCCCAAAAGCUUCCCCCACUCGGCCGACGCUCUGACCCGCAGCAUUCACGAGGCUCUGAGGAGAAUCAAGGAGGCCUCUCCUGAGUCAGAGUCAGAGGAUGAAGGUCUUCCCUGCACUGACUGGGAAAACUAAUGCGGUUCAUCAAAGGAAUCUUUUAACCCCCCCCCCCCACCUUCUUGUUUUUUUAACACAAAGAGUUUAAACAAGGUGAAACCAAGUUAAGCAGGCAAGCCAGGGUUAAGUCACCUGGAGAUUUCUUGGUGCAAUUUGAACAAAAACCCUCGAUUUUUCUUUUUUUAAUAUAUAUUAGAGGAUUUUUUUCUUACUCAUGUACGCUGUUUGUAAAGAUGGACCACUAAUCUUUUUUUUUUUUUUAUGUCAUUGCUGUGGCUCUCUGGGCGAGGAUACAACCUCUGACCUCUCAUCACGUCCGAGUCGUACUGUAGCUUGCUGUGACGGGUUUGUUUGAGGACACGAAUUUUGCUCACAGUGAUGGUAAACCUUCAGUCUGAGCGUUUACAUUUUACUACACAACAAGCAUUUGUACUGUACAUCUUUUUAAAGGAAUAGUUGGACUGAGUACAUACGAGAGUGGUAUUAACAUUCAUAUUUACAAAAUCGCCAAACUUUGACUUUGAGAUGAUGUUUUGUGUAAUCACCCACGCAGUUUAUCGGAAUCAAUUUGAACGUCCAGCAUCUGUUUUAGGGCUUUAGAACUGUGAAAGCACCUGAUUGCAGUACAAAGUGCCCCCAAAUACUCUGAGGGCUGUUAGAAAAUAAUCCAGUCAUCUUGCAAAUGUGUAAAAUCUCUGUUUACCUGCACCUCACACAGGAUGAGACAGCUCGGCCGGUCAUCAAAGACAAACGCAAACUUGUAGAUUUGCUGCUUUUCAGCUCUAAAUAUGUGUGAGAAUAACAGACCUGGGGCCAGAUUUACUCGAUGUGAUGCUACUAAUGCAAGAAUGUGCUGAUAAUGCUCAUAAUGUGCAAAUCUAACCACCAGUUCAACCAUUGCAGUCUCCUGAGGGCAGUGUAAACAUGCAGAGCGGACGAGGAAGCAAGUAAUCCAGCAAGUGUAGGUUUUCACUCUAAAACAGCUGAAGGAGAAUCUAUAUGUUUUGAGACAAAGGCGAACUCUUCUGUUAGAACUCGAUGAAGUCUGCGUGGGAUCUUGGAGUUUGGGACAGCUGUUCUUGGGAUAAUGGUCUCAGGCAGGACCAGAGUAAGGCCAUCCCCAAACCAUCUGUCUUUCGAAUUUACUGUAACUGUAAAUGUGCUCAUGACUCUGUUUCACUCCUGCAUGCUGCGUGAGGCUGCUCAUAUUCAGGACAAAGACAAGACUCAAAUAGGUUCAAUAAAAUUACAAAUUCAACUCAAAAAUGCCUGAACUUAAAAAGCGUAUUAGGGUCACGGUGGUUCAUAUAUGUACACAAACAUGUGGUACAUUUUUUAGAAAAAAGUGUCAAAUGUACGAGGAAAAAAAUGUACAAAUUUACGAGAAUAAAACUCGGAAAAAGGAAUCUGUCGUUACACGUUUCCAGGUUAAGUUAGAAGAAAUUCAGAUAUGUGAACUCCUGGGACUAAUAAGCCAUACAAAUAUGUUCGGUAUGCCUUUCAAGCAUACCAAACCAACUCCAUUAAAAGUCAUCAUCUGACCUGUACAGACAGCACUGGGAUCAUAAAGUUCAACACUGAAAAAAGACGUUCAUAUCAGCAAUUGUUCUCAUAUUGUUCUCAUUUAUGUCACCAACAUGUAGAUUCUGGGUGGUCCAUUGCUGCAAAUUGUUAAAAAAUAAAAUAACAAUAAAACAAUAGAAGCACGUUUUUACAUAUGGUUUGAUUAACGGGAUAUGUAUGUAUUAUACGUUUCGGCAUUACACUUUGCAGACGGUCCCUGUGUUGUCAGUCCAGGUCAGAGCGUGACUUGCGUGUCUUUUUAUGAACAUGCUGGAAAAAAGGUGUUGUUGUUCUAAUGAGUUAUUGAUCCCAGAAGAUUAGCUGAACCUUGAAAAGUAAAGCGAUGCUUUUUGACUGAAACAAAAGCCACAAUUUUUCGAGUUUUUCUCUUAAAUGUGUCGCUUUUUUUCUUCUUUGCACUCUGAACUGAAAAAUCUGUCUAAUACAUAAACGAUAAAGCCAGCCACACAGAAAACCUGCCGGCGUCUUUUAGCUUGGUGCUGAUGUAGACCAGUAGCACAUCUGGCCCCUGGUGUUCCCAUCAUAGUCACACUGUAACACUGUAAUCAUCAGCACACAAAGAGCUGUGGUUUUACAUAACAAGCUUUAUCUGUUGUUGUGCAUCCUCCACUUCUUUUUUAAGGAUGCCGUUAACACCAGGUCAGUAUUUUGACAGAUCUAUACCUGUAUGACAUUUCUAUUUUAGCUCCAUUUGAAGUAUAAAUGAUUUCUUGAAUGUAGCUUUGGAUGUUUUCUGUGUUUGGCAGAGUUUACUGUCCACCUUACAGAUGGAAAUAUUGUUGGGACCAGAUUCCCUUUCAUUUGUUACUUUGAUCUUGAUUCAUCAUUGACAAAUAGCAGAACCAAAAAGCAAAAAAAAGUAGAUAUGACUCACUAUAAUGGAGCUCGGCUCUUUAGAUACAGAUCCACAGAUUGUUAUCGGUCUAGAAUUUCACAUUCUCUAAAAUAAGAGUUUGACUGACAUUUCUUUCCUGUUUAUUUCUGCUUUUGUGCUAGCAAACAAAUUCAUCUUAAUUUUAGAAUAUAACUGCCUUUUAAUCUCUUUAUUGUGUUAUUUUUUUAAAGAAUUCAACAGUGCAAAAUUGAUCUGGCAAAAAGAAAAUAUUGACUAAUAUUGGUAAAAUCGUUGUUUUGGUUUUUUUUGUUGUUGUUUUGGGGGGUGUAGCGUUGUCAAGAGGGGCCGAUAUCAGCUUGUAGUGUAAUGAUAUUUGGCCGAUAUGUUGAAAUUUGAGAAUUUUCUUUGUUUUUUUUGUUUUGUUUUUUUUGUUUUGCUUCUUUUUUCUGUUUCAUUUAGCAUGUGAUAGUUAGCUGCACAUUAGCUAACCGUAACCUAGAUAUUUGACACAUUUGAAGACAUUGCUUUUGGCUUUAGGAAACGGUGAUAGGUGUUCUUCCUUCUUGUCUUUAUUUUUUACUAUUAUCUCCACACAAUGAAAAUAACCAGCAUAUUAUUUUGUAAUAAUUCAGAUGCUUUACACGGUGUGGCAGGGAUUCAUAGAGGAGCUUUAGGAGUAUGUGUGACGUUUCUAUUUAUUGUGCUGCGCUCAUUUGUUGUUUUUACUGUCAGUUUCCUCACCAGAGAGAUGCUGUCUUUCCACUGCCUUCUUUUAUGAAAGAUGUUUUCCGAGCUUGCUUCCUUACCUUAUUUACUGGAGUUGUUGAUUGUGUUGAUGUGUGUGUGUGUGUGGAAGUGUAGGUGUGUGUGGGGGGGUGUUUUGGUUUGGUUUUUAAUAUCUGUUGAGAAAACUUGUUAACUGAAAAACUAAUCCCACAUUUUCCUGUUUGAUAAGCCAUGCACUGAGUGAGCAACAUGUCAUAUAUAUAAAUGUAUGUCUUCUUUUUUCUUCCCACAUAUGCUGACAUUGCACUGAUAACAUCAGUGCUGCUGUGUUUGAAUGAUUACCAGCUUAGCUUAGCAUAAAGACUGAAAACAGAGCUAGCUUCUCUGUUUAAAAGCGAUACUUAAUGAGUUUUAGACGCUUGUUUUGGUUUUUUUAUGAUGUACUUAUGUCAAAGCAGGACUGUUACUUGGCUGAUUUUAAACACAGACCAUCGAAUUCUGACAAACCUGAAUUUGGCCUUGUUUAAAGUAAUAAAUAACUACACAUAGCAAAUGUUAGGGAAGUGUGUUUAUGUUUCAUGUGUCUGAAUACUGGAUUUUUUAAAAUGAAAAAUCUUUUUUGUCUCUAAACUAGCAGAAGUGGAAACACAGACUCAACAGUAUCACUCCUAAAAUUCUUAAAAAUGUGGGGCUGUGUUCCAGUCUUCAUGCUAAGCUAAGCUAACUGUAGCAUUAUGUUUUCUGCAUACUGUAUAACAGGAAGGCAAUUAGUCGACUGUCAGAGUAAAAGACUGCUGCUAAGUGUUAAAGUCAUCAUGAAUAAUUUGCACGCAGUUCCUCUUCAUCCUGUUAGAUUUUUAAAUAUAUCUGUAUGAGUGUAAACCUUUGGCAGCAGAUGAUCUGACUUUCUCCUUUUUUCUUUUCUUUUUUUUUUAAAACUUUUACAGGGUUAUUUUAAGUUGUUGUUUUUUUUUAAACCAUUUUAACUCUGGUAGAUUUCAAAUUCCACCCAUAACUCUUUGCCAGUUUGACCUUUACGACCUUAUGCAUGUGAUUGGUUUGAUGACAAACCAGUUACAACGUAAGUGCAAUAACGAAGAUUGGGGGGGCUUUUAAGAAUGAUACUGUAAUGAAAUGUAAAUCAUGAAAAAUAUAUCCGCAUGCCUAAAUGUAUUGAAGUAUUUAUUGAAACUUCAUAUUUUAAAGAAUUUUUAAAGCGUACAAAUGUAAAUGUACUUUAAGGUUUUCUUUUUGUUUCCUAUCAUGACAUUCCUCUCUGCUUUCUAAAGGCCAUUUAUAUAUAUAUGUAUAUUUUUUCCUUUCAAAAUAAAAUGAUG